AAGGCCGCGAACAGAAACUGGAAAAAGUGCUUCUUCAUCCCAACCCGAACGAAAAAAAAAGAAAAAAGCGGCUUCGCUGACGUUCGAGAUUUUUGUUGAUCCCAUCCUACUAUUGUGACUAUAGAAGAAGUUGUCAAACAUGUUGAAGUCGAAUUACGAUCCGGUUGGGAAGAGUGAACCGCACUCCGGUGUUGACGUGGAGCACUCCACGGACAAAGGCAAACCUGGCGGAGAUCCCGGGUUCACAGUGCGAGUGAGAAGCAUGGAUCGCAAGUGGCUCAUUUUGGGCGCCGUUGCCGGCGUCGUUCUGAUUGGUGUCAUCGUGGCGGUCAUUGUGGUGUUUGUCACGCAAGCUGGUGAUUCUUCUUCGGCUGAGGAAUCCCCUCUUAGCCGUUCUGGAAUCCGUCCGGAGAAAUGCCUGUUGCAACCAGAACCUGGAAUGUGUCGUGCCUAUUUCGAAAAGUAUCAUUAUGACCCUGCCACUGACUCCUGCCUAACGUUCGUCUACGGGGGUUGCGACGGUAACGAGAACCGGUUCGAUUCCUUGGAAGAAUGCGAACGAAUUUGCCUCGCAGGAAACAAAGGUGUCGCUCCUAGCAAGACGAAGAACGAACCCUCCGGACCAGCGGAUGUCAAGGUGGACGAUAACACGAAGAAAGUGUGAUUCCUUUUGUGUAUUGUGCUGUUUGUUUGUCUUCCUCUUUCUCCAACAAACCCACGAAUUAUUAUUUUGUACUCACAAAACAAACAAGGAUAAAAACACGGUGUGCAUACGUGAUGUUUACCACCGGCUUUUCUCCCGUCUUCCUCCAACGUUGAAUUUUUGUAAUUUAAGACAAAAAAAAUAUGAAAAGAGAAAAGUUGAAGACACUUGUCUGACUGAUCAGGCGUGGGUUUUGUGUGUGGUUAACUGAAUAAAGACUGUGUUUCGUA